GUAGAGGUAGUGUGUGUGAUUAAGCGUAACCCAAAAGCAAUAAAUGAAAGAGUUGCAGCGCAACAGAGAUAUCGAGAAAAUGAGUUUGAAGUCCGACGCGACGCAAACAGGUAGCUAACCAAACCAAACAACUCCACUUCCUUCCAUUUCAUCACUUUCUCUUAAUGCCACGCCAUCCACCCACCCUAUUCUCCUCCCAGGAUCUUAAUCUUCGCCCUCUCUCUCUCUCUCUAUGUUUCUAUUUCUGGAUACCUCGCACUAUUAGAAUACCGAUACACUCUUCAUUGAAAUCUACUAUUGUGUAAUUUCACUUUUUUUUCUUCUCUUCUUCUAGGCGUUGAAAUGAAUGAUGUGCAGAAUAGAAGGGUUCACAAUGAUGACAAACCUUUUCCUGGAUGCUUGGGAAGAAUGGUUAACCUCUUUGAUUUGACUGUUGUUACUGUAAAUGGAAACAAGCUACUCACUGAUAAGCCACACCGUGAUCAUCAUCAUGCCCCAUCGCUUUCAAGAAGUCAAUCAGAUGUUUCUAGGAUUGCAAGUCCUUCAUUUGGGGAUCGGAUAGAAGAUAAGCCGAUUGUUUCUGACUCAAUGAGAGCAUUUUCAAAUAAAAAAGUAAAUGGAACACCCAUCAAGAUGCUCAUAGACCAAGAAAUGUCCAAAGAAGUUGUUUCGAAGCAUAGUCCACCAAAUGUUGUUGCAAAAUUAAUGGGCCUUGAAGCCCUUCCACGGAGAGAACAUAGUUUAGCUGUGGAGAGAAGCCCUGGAGGAGAUUGUUCUCAGCAUAUGUGUGGUCAUUCUGGGACACCAUUCAAUCGUUGGCAGCUGGAAGAUAGGUUUAUGGACAAGGAAAUGCUUCAUGAAGGUCAUCCGAGCAGAGAACAAAUUGCUUACAAAGAUAUUUAUGAAAUAUGGCUGCAAUCACAGAGAACAGGCAAUGUAAAAGACAAGACACCAGAGAGACAGAAGUGGGCGGAAGAUGUUAAUGAGAAGAAAAUGGCUCUAAUUCGCCAGAAAUUCAUGGAAGCAAAGCGUCUGUCUACCGAUGAGAAAUUACGUCAAUCCAAGGAGUUUGAUGAUGCCUUGGAAGUCUUAAGCUCCAAUAACGAUCUGUUAAUAAGGUUAUUGGAUUCUCAAAAUCUUUAUGAACUUCAGUCUACACCACUAGCUGAGACAAAGCGUAUUACUGUUCUUAAACCGUCGAAGAUGGUUGACAAUGAAAAGUUCAGUAGAAAAGGAAACAAUAGCGACAAACAUAUUAAGAAACCAUUAAAUAAUGGUGCUGCAUGGGAGAAAAAUAGUCCUGGAUACUCUCCAGCCAAUCAGAAAGUCGAUGAAUUUUCUGUUCAACCUACUCGAAUAGUGGUGUUGAAGCCUAGUUCUGCGAAGACACAUGAUAAUAAGGCUGUUGUUUCCCCAACUACAUCAUCUCCUCAAAAUUUGCAAAGUGGAAAUUUCUAUCACGACCCUGAAGAUGAUGAUCUACUGGAAUCAAGAAAAGUGGCGAAAGAUAUCACACAACACAUGCAUGAAGACCUGGGGAGCUAUCAAAGAGAUGAAACCGUGCAUUCUUCAGUAUUUUCCAAUGGCUAUAUUGGUGAUGACAGUUCAUUCUACAAAUCAGAUCAUGAGUGUACUGCAGGGAAUUUUAGUGAUUUGGAAGUUAUGUCGCCAUCUCCAAUACAUUCAUGGGAUUACGUCAAUCGCUGUGAAAGUCCUUACUCUUCAUCAUCCUUCAGCCGUGCUUCAGGUUCUCCUGAAUCAUCAGUAUGCAGAGAGGCCAAGAAACGACUUUCUGAAAGAUGGGCCAUGAUGGCAUCUAAGAAGGGUCUUCAAGAGCAAAGACAUAUAAGGAGAAGCUCUACCUUGGGCGAGAUGCUUGCUCUUUCAGAUAUAAAGAAAUCUCAAAUGUCUGAGGUUGAAGGUAUUAAUAAGGAACAAGAACCAAGUGAAUCUGUUUCUUGCAGUAAAAACUUCAAUGAAGAAAUAUGUGCAGAUGGUUCUCCUAAAAACUUUCCCAGGUCAAAAUCUGUCCCUGUAUCUUCCACAGUCUAUGAAAAUGGGCUCUAUGUUGAAGUUUGCGAUAAUGAUACUGGCAAAGCACACAACUCCAAGGAGCUGACAAAAUCAAAGAGUUUGAAAUCAUCAUUUAAAGGGAAAGUUGCGAGUUUCUUAUUCUCAAGGAAUAAGAAAUCAACCAGGGAAAAAUCUUGUCUAUCUCAUUCUACAGAUAAGUUGCAAUCCACUGUCACAGAAACAUCAUUAUCUCCAAUAAACACACCUGAAGUCCUUAGGAAUGAUGUGUCUCAAAGCUUCAAUGGUCGGUCCUUUGGAGAGUGUUCAUUUCCAACUCUAUGUGAAUCAUCGGGCAAAACUUUAUUUGAUUCUGUCUCUAACAGACAAGGUGUAAUAUCUCUGGAGCCUGAAUUGACCAUGUCAAAGCCCACGGCUCCAGGGAUUUCAAGUGAAAACCAAGAUCAACCGAGUCCAAUCUCAGUUUUAGAACCUCCAUUUGAAGAUGAAAAUGCAGCUCAUGAGUCCUUGGACUGUAUGAAGGGUGGUCAGCUGGGAUCACGAAUGUCGCUGAAGUCUAAUUUAAUUGACAAAUCACCACCUAUAGAAUCGAUAGCUCGAACACUCUCAUGGGAUGAUUCUUGUGCGGAGCUGGCAAAUUCGAACCCGUUAAAGCCUUCGUUGGUUUCCUUGGACACCAAGUUAGAGAAUCAAGACAUGCUUGUCUUUGUUCAGAAAUUACUCUCAGCUGCCGGACUUGACGAUCAAGUGCAGUCUGACUCGUUUUACUCUAGAUGGCAUUCCCUUGAAAGUCCAUUAGAUCCAUUAUUGAGGGACAAAUAUAUCAAUCUCAACGACAAGGAACCUCAGCCUCUCCAUGAAGCAAAGCGAAGGCAGAGGAGGUCAAUUCAGAAGCUUGUAUUCGAUUGUGUCAAUGUUGCACUGAUUGAAAUUACUGGUUAUAGAUCAGAAAAUUCCUUAAUGGGCAGGUUGUGGAGUGGUGGCCACAGAAGGCUCCAAGUCUCUAAGGGUGCACCUCCUCUUUUGGUAGACCUCAUUGUAGCCCAAAUGAAGGAGUUGACAUCUAGUGGCAUGAGGUCUGUUUGGGGGGAUUGUGUGGACAGCAAUAGCCUGGUGGUGGAGACUGUCGUCAGAAAAGAGGUCGUGGGUAAAGGGUGGGUUGAGCUUAUGGGAUUGGAUAUUGAUAUUUUGGUGAAGGAAGUAGAAGGGAAGUUGCUAGAAGAACUUGUGGAGGAUGCAGUGGUUGAUUUGACAGGCAGGGUCUGAAUAGUUGAACCCCUGAUGUGGCUUUCUGCUUUGUUUUUUGAAUAUUGUAACUCUACUAUUGUUGUAUUCGUUUAUCAACACAUGGUCCUACUUACCUAAUUUAUUAAUUGCUACUAAAAAAUGUUUUCAGUUUGUAGUUGUUUUAUAGUAAAUAAUCUGUAAACUAUUAAAUAUCUACACCGCUGCUGAAAUAAGUAUAUAAACAACUGCACUGGUUAUAAGAGACCUUAUCAAUCAUUA